UUUUUGUUUUGUCACAAUGUGUAAUGCAUACUCCGGGCUGAGAAGGGCAGCAAUACGCCAAAAAGCAUCUAGUCUGUCGGAAAUUCACACAAAAGGAGAAGUGUCCACGUAGUACGCACGACGUGUUGUGCGUGGAAUAUUACCAGGCAGCGUAAUGCAUUUGGGAACAAACGUUUAUCUUUAAAGCACCUCUGAUGCUAUAAUUAACAAUUCGUUGGUUGUAUGUGAGUUUGAAAGUGCCGUUUUUUAUUUAUUUUUAACAAGAAAUCAAGAACACGUUCACUUGUUCUAAAAGAUGGCUUCGUCUGAUGGAAACAAAAACACGGAACCAUGGGGCGGUUUUGACGACAACAUUAUCCAGGGCACUGGGUCAGCAGUGAUUGACAUGGAGAACAUGGAUGACACAUCGGGCUCCAGUUUUGAGGACAUGGGGGAGAUGCACCAGCGCAUGAAGGAGGAGGAAGAGGUGGCAGAGGAGGCGGAAGCAACUGAAGAGGAGACUGGAGAGGAUGGCGAGUUUCUGGGCAUGAAGGGUAUCAAGGGCCAGCUGGGGAGACAGGUGGCAGAUGAGGUGUGGCAAGCUGGAAAGCGUCAGGCUUCCAAAGCUUUCAACCUAUAUGCCAACAUAGAUAUUCUCCGGCCGUACUUUGAUGUAGAGCCUAUGCAAGUCAGGAACAGGUUGAUUGAAUCAAUGAUACCCAUCCGCAUAAUACAUUUUCCACAGAAGAUUGCUGGGGAGCUAUAUGGGCCCAUGAUGCUGGUGUUCACACUGGUGGCCAUCCUCCUGCAUGGAAUGAAGACAUCAGGAACAGUUAUUAGAGAGGGUACUCUGAUGGGCACAGCCAUAGGGACAUGCUUUGGUUACUGGCUGGGAGUUUCCUCCUUCAUAUACUUCCUGGCAUAUCUGUGCAACGCCCAGAUCACCAUGCCCCAGACCCUGUCUCUGCUGGGUUAUGGUCUUUUCGGACACUGCGUGGUUCUCUUUGUCACCUACAACGUCCACUUCCACUCCCUGUUCUACAUCCUGUGGCUGGUCGUAGGAGGGCUCUCCACACUGCGGAUGGUGGCUGCUCUCAUCUCUCGGACCGUGGGACCGACCCCGCGCCUCGUCCUCUGUGGAACACUGGGUGCUCUGCAUAUGCUCUUUCUGCUCUACCUGCACUUCGCUUAUCACAAGAUUGUUGAAGGUAUCCUGGACACAUUGGAAGGCCCCAACAUGCCCCCCAUCCAGAGAGUGGCUAGAGAUUUGCCUGUGGUGGCCACCGCUGCUAUGAAUGCUGUGAAUGCCACAGUGAAGACCAUUGGUGUUAUCCUGCAGUCACAGUGAUGGUGUGUCCAACAUCAAAGAUGAUACCACAGGCUCAUGAGCCUGAAUUCCGCAGUGAUGGUGUUGUGUAGGUAAUACAGACUGAAGUGAAGGUCAAAUACCAUUAUGGUGGCUGGUUAUAGUUGACAUUUGACCUUCAUCAUUAAACAUGAACAUUGUCUCAGUAAACACAUCGCCAUCGCUUCACAACAACUCUUACAACUUUCAUUCUCCAUGGGAAAUGACAUGCUUACCCUAGUUGUUUAUAUUGUAUCUAAUCAAAAUAACUAAAUGUUGGAGUGAGGUGUUAUGCUGGUGCUGUAACUCUUUUCAAAUGACAGCAAAUAGCCUUUUCAUAGGGGUCUUGUAUUUGUUAAAGCAGCAUGAGUGCACUAAGAUUCCCAGCUGUUUGCAUUUGUACUCAUGUUAAGACUAAUUCAUCUCCAACUCGACACUUUCUCACCUCUUGUAGGCUUUGUUACACGGGUUACGGCGAUAACAUCAAUGGAUGUUUUAACAUUCUAGACGUUCAAUGGGAGGAAGGUUCUAUAGGAAUGUGUGGUGCCUUCUAUUGUUUUUCGAAGGAAUUAUUAUUAUCAUGUAUGAUAUGGGGUAAAUUAGAGUUUAAUCUCUUGUUUUACACAAUGCACAUCCAUUGUCUGUCAUUUUAAUAACCUAACCAGAAAAAAUAACGAAAAAUGCAGUUGACAUGUCAUAUGAGAUAUGUAAUAGUGCGUUAUCUUAUGAUUAUUGUUCCUUCUAAGCAGCUUUUGUUUUGUGCAUUAUUUGUACUUCCUAACAACAUUGUUUUUGGGUGGGAUGCAAGGUGACCUCUUUUUUGUGAAAAUAUAUUUAUAGGGUUAUUGUACAGAAAGAUACAAUGGAAAUAAACUUUAUCGACCUAA